UUCAAAAUAGGUAAUCGAAUCGAAUUUCGAUUUCCCUCGAUUUUCCUUUUCCCAUUGAAAAACAAGAACAAGUAUUACCUGUUCGCAUUUAUUUAACGCAAAAAUCAAAGAAUAUUACGACGUUGAACCAUAACUUCAAUAAGUGUAUUGUAACCAAAGAAAAUAUAAAUUAUCAUAAACUUAAACAUUUUCUAAAUAGAUCUUGGGAAUUGUUCAUACAAAUAUAAUAUUGCGAUAGAAACAACGUCUCCCAAUAAAAUGUCUUACAAAAAAGUUACGCAUGUACUUUUUGAUUUAGACGGUCUUCUAAUAGAUUCAGAGAGGUUAUACACUGAGGCAUUUGAAAGGGUAUGUGCAAAAUACGGAAAAUGUUUUACGUGGGAGAUAAAAUCUUCAAUACUGGGGUUUCAGGGCCACGAAUGCGCGUCUAAAAUUAUAAACGCGUUAGAUUUGCCUUUAACUAAGGAGGAGUUUAUGGGCGAAUGCCAAAAAGUUUACGAGAUCGUGUUUCAACAUGUACAUUUAAUGCCAGGAGCUGAAAGGCUAGUAGAACAUCUUUACAACAAUGGAGUGCCUAUUGCUAUGGCAACAAGUUCCAGUCAAGAGAGUGUCAACAUGAAGAUGCAAAAUCACCAGGCUUUCUUAAAGUACUUCCACCAUGUUACAAUGGGCUCCUCAGACCCUGAAGUGACUAAGGGCAAACCUGACCCUGCUAUAUUUCUUGUCUGCGCCUCUAGGUUUCCUGAUAAGCCAAAACCAGAAGAUUGCCUAGUCCUUGAAGAUGCUGUGAAUGGAGUGAAAGCUGCCUGUGCAGCUAACAUGCAAGUGGUAGCAGUUCCAGACCCUCGGAUAGACAAAAAACUUUUGAAAAACGCCACUUUAGUACUUAACUCUUUGGAGGAAUUCCAACCUGAGUUGUUUGGUCUUCCAGCUUAUGAAUGAACAUGCUGGAAAUAAGCAUAAUAUUAUUAUCAAUCUUUUCUAAUGGCCCACUGCAAAACCAGGCAUCCCUCCAUAUAGUAAAAGGGAUAUGGAACUUAGACCCACCAAACUGCUCUAAUGCAGAUUGGCAGGAGACUACAAAAGGACUCAUAGUGUAUAGUAUUGAAUAGUGCCUGUUAUUAAAUCUCUUUACUUAAGUAUCUAUACGUUUUUUGUUGUCAUUGCAAUUAGAAUUAAUUUAUGUUAUUUUAAUAAAUUGCAAUACACUUCUAAGACAGUUGAUUAUAAUAACGAUUAUGUAAAUAACUUAAGUCAAUGACAUAAUGAUUGUUGAAUUACUUGAUAAAAUUGUUUAGCAUAAUUUUGCAGCAUUUUGAAUAAAGGCCCUUUUGCAUAACUUAAUAAUAAUAUUCUAGCAUAAUAGGCUAGUUGACACUUUUUUAAAUGGCCUUAAAUAGUUCAUUAACGUUCUACUAGACUAGUUUUUAUUAUUUAAAUAAUUUUUUGAGAUGUGUUAAGAAAAUUUUAGUUUUUAAAUAUGUUUUUAACAAUAAGAGCCAAAACGCCUGUCGGCCAUGACAGUCUAUUUCAACCGUUCGACGAUUAUCAUCAAGAGUGUGUGUGUGUUAGUACCGUCCCAAAAUGGAUGACAGCAUUUUUGACGUUUGAUGGACAAUUUGAAAAAAUAAUUAUUUAAAAUUAAGUUUUGAAAUCCUUAACUUUUAUUAAUUGAUAUAGAUAUAUUUUGGACCCUUAUUCCACGUACUACACGAAAUUAUUAUUGUUUAGAUUAAAUUUGAUAUGAGUCAACUAACCUAUUUUAUGGUACAUUUUAACCUUUUGUAUAUGGGCCCCUUCACAACAAGCCUUUAAAUACAGCACAAACGCCGUAACAAUGCGAUUUUGUCGUUGCUUAAGUUAGUGAAAUUGUACACAUAGUAUGGCCAUAUUUAUAAACAUGGAUUAAGAUUUAAACCUAAAUUUUCUUAUAUUUUAAACCUGUCCUCAAUGAUAUUUUAUACUAGAUGGGGCCCGAGCGCAUCAAAUCUGAGGCGGACAAUGUGGAAAAAUGACUUAAUUUCAUUUUACAAUAAUUAUGGAUAACUUUAAAAUGAAUUCGAUUUUUUAGAAUUUCAAUUACAACCACACUGGCAACACUGAAAUAAUGUUUGAAGCAUUAUUGUUUUGAUUGUAUCAUUAUGUAUCAAUCCCUCAAAGAGAUUAGUUAGAAAGUAUGUAUGUAUAAAUUCAAUACAUUUUUAAUAAUAAACCAAAAAUAAAAUAAUAUUAUACCUAGCUAAAAUCAAUAUCUUUUCAUAACAAACAUUAUCAUUAACAAUAAAACAUGUACAAACAACACAUAACAACAAAAGCUACUAAAAUUAACAUUUUUUCCUAAUAAAAAAUAUUAAAAAAUA